AGAGGAGGGGCAUGCAGCGGGAGCAAAAAUAUGCCUCACAGUUCACAGUAGUUCACAGUAAAGUUAUAGGUUGGGGGGUUGCUUUAUGGGUUGGAUAGUGUUUUUUUCGCUGCACACGACUCCUCGACCGACGAGUUGAGAUUUGGGAUUUUGUACUGUAAUUGAUCCGGCUGAUUGUGCGAUAGUUACCGUCGUCACCCUCAUUGGCUAUUUCCGGGCUUCCGGGCCAACUGCGGCAAUUUAUUAUUAAUAAUUGUCUGCUGCUAUAUAUACUAGCAGUAUACGAGUCUCGUCUUCGAUUAAAUUGUUUUUAUUUGUUCAAUCGUUAUUAAUGAAAUAAUGGAAUUAUACAUUCACUUUCUUUCAUACUGGUGUAAAUAAAAAAAAAGCGGUCGAAUAAGACAUAAGAAGAGUGUAUAUAUUGCUAUUCAGAAUUCUGGCUUCGCAGCAUAUAAUGCUCCAAAGCCCGCGGCUGACCAAGUUUUCAAACACUAAAUAUCAUCAACAUCUAUCGGCUGUCCGUCGAACAUGGAAAUCAGCGUUCAUACUGCAUUAUUAAAUUUACCUUUAUAUAUUCUGUACACGAAAGCUAUUAUUACCGUGAUGCUAUUUAAUUAACGAGUGGGAUUAUUGCGUUCAAUUUAUAAUCAUAAUUGGUUGAGCUGUUCCUUUGAAUCCCCAAAAAAUUAUUACAUAUCUCACUCUCGCUCUUACUCCCGAUUUACAAAAAUACUUCGUCAACUGAAUAAUUUCCAAAUUCGCACAUCAUUUUUUAUUGGAAUUCAUCCAGUGGCUGAUUGAACGACAAACGAGAAAACGUUAUUGUCUUAUUAUGGAUGACGAACUCGAAGACAAAGUUUUAUACCAGUGAGCUUUUGAGCAUUUUUCCAAAACGUGUUCUCUUUGAAAUUGAUUAAAAACAAAUAAAUCGUUAGUGACUCAAAGAUUAUAUCUACCUUUCAAACGAUGGAUGGAAUAAUACCUACAUAAAAAAUCGUAAAUGCAGAGGAAAAAAAAAUAACAUAAAAAAAGUGCAAGUCAAAAUAAGAAUAUGUUGUAUUCGUCAUCAGACUUAUGUGUCGCACAUGAAGCUCGUGUCAAAGUUUGCGGUGGGUAUUCCGACGGGUCUGACCGCUGGGGUCAACACGCCUCUGGGUUAUUUUUGGCGCGCCAUGAGAUCUUAUGCCCUCAAACCAGAAAUAUUGGUCUGCGGGGCUCUCGUGGUCGUUAUGCUUUUCUAUCUUCAGGCUGUUGACGUUUGGAGCAGAACUCUAUUAACCAGAAUACAAUAUACUUUUAGAAGAACAAGUUCCAAGUUUCUAGUAAAUAAUGCUGGAAACGGAGGUGACAAAAUCAGCUGGGAACUUAAGCAGGGAUACGUCGCGGCUUAUGCCGUUCAAGGACACAGAGCUCACAUGGAAGACCGUUUCGUUGUCAACGAUGACAUUAAUCGUACCGGAGUUUCCUUGUUUGCUGUCUUUGAUGGUCACGGCGGGGAGUUUGCGGCGAAUUACGCGCGUGAUAUUCUCGUUCCGAGUAUCAACAAAAAAGUCGUUGAAUUGAAAGACAUUAUCGGUGGGAAAAAGCCGACUGGAACGGGGCCUGAAAAUGAGGAGGAAAGUCUUGAUCUUGCUGGUAAAGAAAUGAAAACCGACGGCGAUGGUUUGAUGGACCGAAAAAAAUCUUUUCGUAAAACAGUCAGUACGUCCGAUGAUUAUGUUAAGAAGAAUCAAGGUGGCGUUACCGAUCCUGAACUUUUAAAUAAAUUGGAUAGUCUUUCACGUCCAAUAACAAGAGAGGUGAGGCCGAGCAGACCCGAUGAAAAAGUUACUCGUAAAGUUGAUAUAAACAGCUAUAUCGAUGGUCAAAAAAUAAAUUAUGGAAGGCUCUUGACCGACGAGGUACUCGCUGUCGAUAGAUUGCUGGUUGAAGCAGCGAAAAAAAAUAUGGACGUUGCAGGCACGACAGCAUUGAUCGCUUUGUUGGAGGACAACAAAUUAAUAGUAGCAAAUGUGGGCGAUUCUCGAGGUGUAAUGUGUGACAACAAGGGUAACGCAAUUCCAUUGUCCUUCGACCACAAACCGCAGCAACAAAGGGAAAGACAGAGAAUCAAUAAAGCCGGCGGUCUCGUUACUUUCAAUGGCGUUUGGCGAGUCGCGGGAAUUCUCGCGACCUCGCGAGCUCUCGGUGAUUACCCCCUCAAAGACAAAAAACUCGUUAUUGCCGAACCGGACAUAUUGACCUUCGAUUUGAGCGAUCAUAAUCCCAUGUUUCUGAUCCUCGCUUCGGAUGGCCUGUGGGACACAUUUACCAAUGAGGAGGCGGUUGCUUUUAUCAAAGAACGCAUCAACGAACCAUAUUAUGGAGCAAAAAGUAUAACCCUUCAGAGUUAUUACAGAGGUUCUUUGGACAACAUCACGGUUGUAGUGAUAAAUCUGAAAGAUCGAAAAUACAGUAUAUCGACGAUGGAAAGAAGCCCUUGAAAAAAAAAAAAAAAAAAAAAAAAAUUAAUACUACAAACCGAUUACCAAUAAUGGUGGUGGGAUUCCACAAUGAAGCGAGACAACAUACGAGAAUAAAACUGGCAACGUGAAGAUUUCCUUACGAAAAUCCCUAACACUUACAGCAAAGAGUGUAUUGUAUUCAAUUUAUUUCUAGUCACGAUUCCCCCCCUCAAACAAUUUUUGAGUUUCUUCUCAACUCUUGAGAUAAAAAUUCUUUCUCCCCUUUCUACAUAAUAUUUGUAUAUUAUAUAUAUAUAUAUAGUAACAAGCUAUUGCUGCGUUUAUUGAUUCCAUAAAUAUACAAAACAUACACGAUUGGAAAUUGAAUCACACCAUUCAAAGUUGGACACGAAAAAUAUUUCGAUAAUCCCGUAUAUGCGGGUGACUAUUAAUUAUUGAAAAGUAGUGAAAAAAUAUAUAAAUAUUAUCAAUGAAUCGGAAAUCACUAGCUGUAAAUAUUUCUCCGUGAGUAACAAUGGUAUAUGAAAAUUGAAUUUUGUGUAAAUCCGGAAGCGGAAAAUUUGAUGUUAUUAAAUGCUCUGUAUCGAAUAGUUUUACAACUUGUAUAAUACGAUUUACGUUUUUUUUUUUUAAUAUCUUUGCGUCCAAGAAAAUGAAGAACAGAGUUCCCAAAGUUCCUGAUAUAAUGAUAUGGUGUAUAGCCAAUUGAACCUGUGUGUGUCACCACGUACUCGAUUUUUGACAGAUAAAAAUGUAAAAAACAAUGAAGAAUAGAAAUUAAUUGUUACUUUUUUCUCGUA